ACGCGGGUCGUUUCGUAGCAAGUUCGGUGACCUUCAUCCUCACCGGAGCAUCGCCGGUCCGCCGCGCCAUUGACGGUACGUGCACCGGACUUGUAGAAGAAGAAGUAGACUAGAGUAGUUUCCGGUUACUCAAAUACUUUGCAUGGGUGCAGCCGGAAGCAUGCCAAUCGAUUCACACUGUACUGGUAGUUCUCCGAAUAGCCCGGAUCCCAGUUCGCUAGAACCAAUCUGUCCGGAUCCCAUAGCAUACCUUCCACCAUAUGUUUCCGACAUCCGGCUAGCUCAACCUUUUUCCGCAUCUUCCAGCACCAAACUAGGCCGGAUCCCAACCGCUCAAGAACUUGAAGAAGAACUCCAAGGGCAAGCUAGAAUGGCAGCCAAGGUUCAGGAGACGGAAAACAAGAAAGCUUCCAAGGCUCGGAUCCGCGAAGGAGAACGGGGUCAAUGGUGGCCCUGCGAAACUACCGAUACGGAGCUUAGAGAGCUUCAAAACGAGGGUAUGAUCUCCGCUCACUGGAGCUUCAUACGCGACACCGUCGUCCCCAAGCCCGGAGCCGGAGAAGUUGUCAUGACAAAAGCUUGGGUGGAACGCGGAUUAUCGCUCCCCUGUUCGGAAUUCUUCCUCUCCAUCCUCAACACGUAUGGGCUUCAGUCCCACAACAUCUGCCCCAACUCGUACCUUCUGCUCUCCAACUUCGCUACACUUUGCGAAGGGCAUCUCGGAAUCCGACCAGAUGUCAAGCUAUGGCAGUUUUUCUUCCGAGUGAAGAAGGAAACGAAGGACAAAGCCAUGCUGAACUGCGGGAGCAUGACGUUCAUGCUCCGACCUGGCCGCAUGUAUCCACCUCACGACUCGCACGAAUCCGUCCGGUACUGGAAUGCCGGAUGGUUCUACGAGAAGAAUGUUUCAGUUCCGGAGAUCCACGACGGUUUGCCCAAAUUCAACAACGAGCCUCCGGAAGAACUCGCAAGCUGGAGCUUCGUCCCUUCGCUCGCCCUAACCCCUAUCUUGGAGAAGGCAGCACGGAGAAUCUCCUGGCUAGUCCAUGACGGGCUAACCGGAACUCAGCUCACACUCAGCUGGUUCACCCGGCGGAUCCAGCCACUACGGUAUAAUGCACGGUUAAUCUGCGCAUACACCGGGGCGGACGACCAGCUCCGAGCUACCCGCCACGACCUUCCAGCUGAUUCUCUCAAGAGGAGAUUCAAGACGCUCGUGAAGAUAGGCCGGGGUCAACCGAUCCCGGAAUUGAUCAAGGAUAUUUACACAAACAACCAGUGUCCUCCGGUAAGCUCUGAUCUCUUCGUUACUUCAAACUUCACAAGUUUUUGGAUGUUGACUAACAUAUAAUAUCUUUCCCUCCAGCUUGCUACUUUGGCGGAGGAAAACUUGCGCGCCAUACUUCGUGUCCCCGUCAGUGGCGACGCGGCGGAGGAGGUUCCGGAUGACGAAGAGGAGGAAGAGGAGCAGGCACCCCGCAAGGCAGCCCCUCGACCUUCGAAGCGUCCCCGCGCCAAAGCUCCCAGCUCUGAAGCUGGAGCCAGCGGCGAGGCCUCUGCCAAGAAGCCCAAGACCAUCAAGCCCCCUCCGCUAGACUCAAGGAAAGCGGAGCGGGAAGGUUUGAAGAUGCUUUCCACAGCAGGCAAACACUCGCGCCCCAUCAUCCCCGGCGCCCCGUAAGUUUCCGAGUAUGGCACGUCUCUGCUUUGAUGCAAUUGUUUCUUAUGCGAUCUUCUUUUACUUGUUCGCAGAAAUCCGACUACCGCUGCCACCCGGACCAGCAGCCAAGAGCCCAUCACAAAAUAUAUGAAAAAGUCUCCGGUUGUUGGUCCUCCGACUCCAGCUCCGCCAAGCACUUCCCACACUGCUCCACCGCCAUCUCCACCUCAGGCGGAACAAUCUCCCCCUCCUGCCGCAAACACUCCACCGGAAGUAAUUCCGGUCAGCAGCGAAAAGGUGGGCGGAGAGGAUCCUAAGGCCAAAGGCCCUGCCCGAGAAGAAACAGAAGUUCAAGGCCAAGGAGAGGCUGAGGUUACUUCCUCCGAGAAGGUCGGAGCCGGCGCUGGCAACGUCGUCGUUUUUCCGAAAAACUUUGGAGAUCCGGCUGACCUCACUUCCACCCCCAAGGCAUAUGCUACCAAGUUUUUCAAUAAGCUGACUGAGGCGGAUAAGUGGGAACUUGAACAAGACCUGCUCAACGCCAUGCUGAACAACGCCUAGGGGAAACCGGAUGCCGCGACGUCGGAGAUCCAAGAGUUUAAGAAGGACGUCGGACAGUUCUUCGACAAACUUAUCUGCAAACAAAAGGUACUUCCCAGUAGCCCCCAAGCAUGUAGGCGGAAACUAGGUACUAGUUAUCGCUUAGAUGCUUUAGAGUAAAGCCACUUUUGGAAAGAUUUUUAAAUUGUCGCAGUAGCCCCCAAGCAUGAUGUCGGAAGGAUUCCGGCAAUGAUGCUUCAAAGGACCCCACUAUUUGUAGGCGGAAUUUUUACUCCUGCUCUGAUCGUUUUUUACAGGAACAACAGGCACUGCACUAUGAGCUACACAAGAAUAUUGCCCUGCAGCGCCGCGUUACCUUGGGCCAAGCGGAAAAUAUCCGGACCCUUAAGGGUGAAAAUGCAGAACUGAACAAACAACUGGCGGACGCCCAAGGCGCAUCUUCUUCCCUGGCUACGACCUCCUCCGAACUUGAGAACCUGCGCUCCUCAUACCAAGAAUUGGAGACGAAACUGAUGGAGGCGGAGCAAAAGAAGGAGCAGGCCGAGAAGCAACUAGCGGAGAAAAACUCCGAACUCAUCAGGGAAAAGGGCGAAUU